ACGAGGCAAAAUCGCGAGCGGCCGUAAACAUUUUAACGAUUUUAAUCGACGCGCAGAUCAUUAAUUACAACUAAAACAACCGUUGGAGAUCAUCUUUUUUGUGUGCCACGAUUACAAGAAAGACGAUCACUUAAAAAAUAUACAAAAAUUAUUCCCCUCACGCGUUAAGAGAGCCAAUGCUGUGUGUGGUUGUGUUUAGGAGAGGUGGUUGUGUCGCUGCUGUUGGGUCUCACUUCUUGCUCCACGAUGUUUCCCGGGACCCUGCCAAUGCUGCUGCUUCUGCUGGUCUGGCCCGUGAGCCCAGUGCUUUGCUGCUUGCGCUGCUCACCGAUCUUUGAGAACGUGCGGACGCAGCUGAAGGUGCCAAUCCAAGGCUUGAGCGCGGAGCAGAUGCAACAAGUGGACAACGUCAUAAUGGAGAUUGGCAGCAAAGAGGCCCCAUUUCUGUUCGAUUUUGACGACGUGGCACCGAUUUACAUGAAGAAGGUUGUCGAUAUCAUUGACUCCAUGAAGCCAAAGGGAUUAUUUGACAGCCUCAAAUCGAUGAAGAUUCCAGGAAUGUUGGGUGGCAAAAACGACGUCGAUAUUCCAGAUGUGCUGAGGAAGUUAAUCACUCUCGGAAGAGAAUACGACGAAGUGAUCCAACAGCUUGCAGAGGCGCCGUGCGAAAACUGUGAUAGGAAAUCAGUGCCGGCAGUGAAAUGCGGCACAUGUGAACGGGUGGUCAUCAAAUGCUCCGCAUGUAGUUUCCUCAACAGGAUUCGUGGCAACAAUGACCUCCUCCGGCUAUUGGGAUGCAGUAUGCUGGUGGUCAUCCUCAUCUUCAUCAUCGCCAUUCUCGUGACUUCAUUUAAGAAGGAGGAAGAUCCACAGAGUGUUAUGCUGAGGGAGGUAUUGAGUGGCAAGGAGUUCAAACCAGCUCUCCAGACUCAUUCCAAGAAGAAAAAGAAAAUUAGUAGUGAACAUAAAGUACCCUCCUCUAAACACCACUCACAAAACAAAAGUCCCAAAGCUGGCAAGACCAAACAAACCCCAGCUCACCCCACGACCCCUUAACCUCCCCCUCAUAACCACUACCAUUCCUGUUCCCUUUUCGCUAUAUAAAUCACGUUAACAUAAGAAGCAAACUAACACAACACCGCACGCAGCGAUAGCCAACGCGAGCUUCACGCUCAACCCAGCACUGAACCUACAGCCAGUCGAACAUUACUCUCAUGCGGCCGAGUGGGUGGAAGAGUCCUACUUGAUGGAGGCCUGGCCUUCGGACCCCACAUGGGAAACGGAGUGGAGCAGCAAGGACGUUCAGGGUGAACGCCUCGUACGGGGACCGGGCGUCGUGCCUCCUGCCUUUGGCAUUCAUCGGGGCCAACUGGCGUGCCACACGUCAGCCACGUCAAGUCAUCUGAUCGCUGUGGUCUGCGCUCCUCCGGCAGAGGAGUGGCAGGGCUGCACUGGCUCUCUCCUGGGGCUCUCUGCUGGGGCCUUCUGGAGCCGGAAGACCUCGGCGUUGGCACUGCGCUGCAAAGGCUGCUCAGGCGCCGAGUCGGGAGAGACAUCACACGCACUAAACACACACACACACCAUCACCUCGGCAAACACCUAGGAAUCUUAAGAGCGUUAGCCCCGGUAUCAGAUCCCCUCCGCUGAGUUUUUCACCCCUAGCCUGCCUAGCGAGUAAAAAUUGUCUGGGUUUUCUCAGGAGGAGGGAAAUUGGCAAAGAUUUGAUAUGCAGGGAAUGAUACCGGCCGGAUCCUAUAAUAAAAGGGGGGUGAGGCAGGAUGGGGCCACCCAUCCAGUAGCCGAGCCGGUGAAGGUUGUUGUGUAAUAAGUAAGGAACACAACUUUGUGCCGAUAAAAGGCGAAGGGAAUGCAGGUCUGUUUGCAUUAGUAAUUAGAGCGUAAUCAGACCUCAGCAUGUAUCUCUGGGCUCUCGCGAACUGACUCGUCUCUCCGCGUGACGGCUGCGAAGAUACAGGCAGAGUGCGAGGCGUGAGCAGGUGCCGCAGCGUAAAUACGCGGGAGAUUUGUCCAUUCCAACGUUGUGUCCUUCACGGGCGUCACUCCCGGAAACAGCGACUACUUUGUUAAGCAUGAAUAAACUCGCAGAACGGUA